AUGCCUGAUAAUAUCAGAAAAUGUGCAACCACUCCCGACUCUUCAGCAGACGAGUCAUCAACUUCUCGGAAGAAAUUGGCACACGAGGAAUAUACAGUCGGUUGGAUCUGUCCCUUGGAAGUGGAACUGCUUGCAGCGUUGGAGAUGCUGGACGAAGAGCACGAAUCUCUUCCUCAACAGCGUAGUGAUAAAAACGUGUACCACCUUGGCAACAUUGCUGGUAAUAACGUCGUGAUUGCAGGGCUAUGGAUACCAGGAAACAAUCCUGCAGCCGUGGUCGUUACCCGAAUGCGAAUGACCUUCCCUAAUAUCCGUUUUGGUCUCCUGGUUGGAACCGGAGGUGGGGUACCGGUGAAAACUGAGUAUGGGAAGAUUCGCCUGGAUGAUUGGUGGUCAGCAAACCGACCGGUAUAA